AGGAACGGGAAGGAGGGGCCGAGGGUGUGAAGGGGAAGGGGGCUUGUGGCAUGUGGUUGGAAGAAGGACUGGACUCUUGUAAGGGGUGUUGUGGAGAGGUGGGAAAAGGUGAAGAUUGGAUUUGAGACGUUUGGGGGGAGGUUCUGAAAGUGUUAAAUUGGAGGUGGGAGGGGGAAGGGCCUAGGGGAGAAUUUGGGUGGAAAAGGAGAGGACGGAGGUUUGGGGAAUGGAGAGCGUGUCGGUGUGACGAGGUAAUGGAGAAAGUGAGAGACUAGGAAGAAAGUUUGGGAGGAAGGGGAAUGGGAUGGGAGAUAGGACAGUGUAGCUGCACGAGUGAUAGAGGUUCAGGGGUUUCCUUUUCCCCUGUAGAAAGGAAGAGAGAGCAGAGUUAAGCAGCAUCAGUUACAGCCAAUUCUAAUUGCCAGGCCUUUAGCUUUUACUAGGGUGGGAAGGGCAGAAGGGAAUGGUCAUGUGGAUUUGGAGAAUUGGGGUUGGAUGAGGGUUCAACUGGAUUUCCAGAAGCUGCCUAGCUUACUGCUCCCUUGUUUUUCCUGGUUACAAAAAGAAGAGAAAAUGGGGAGCCUGGUAUCGCUGGAGUGUGGAAGGAGUAAAGGACUUUUCUAGUUUUAAACAAUUAGCAAUGCCAGAAUGGGGAAACAGCCAUGCUAUGUUGGAACGCUGUUUGCAGGGAACAGAAAACACAGGGUGGUGUCUAGGCAGCCAUGCUAAUUAAAUGAGUGCUUUCGUUUCCAGACCCUUCUUUUGCUGUUUAAGUGCUAGGAGCGGGGGUCAGUAUUCAUACAUAAAAAAUGUUCCCUGGUGAAAUGUAGAUGUUUGACUGGAUGCUGCCUCAGUGGAUAUUUUGUUCUCACAGUGUGUGAGAAUUUGGAGGAUAGUUCUGGUCUCAUAAGUGAAGUAACGGAAAGAAAGUGCCUUCUUUGGCUGUAACCACUUUCCUCCUAGUUCAUCUAAAGAUGAAAGUCAAUGUUAAUACUGGAACAAAGUAGGUGGGCCUCAUAAGGAAUUGAGGAGUCAGGUGAGGUGUCAGAGGAUAAUUGGUUUCCCCACAAGUUGUUGAAUUUGGGACCUUUCUUGCCCUAAGCCACUGAGACUGGAAAUUCUUGGAGUUGGUUUUGUGUUGUGAAUUGGGUAACAGAAGGUUAGGGAAGCCUGGGGACUUUGAUGGGAGUGAGUUCUCUCAUUUAGCUUGGAGUGGAUCAUUUCAAUUGAAAUGGCUUUAGGCUUGUCUGUAUAUCUUUGCAGCUGAGAUUGACUACCUCUUUGAGGUUUCAAAAUAAAGCUUGAAAAUUGACACUUCCCCCUCUUAUUUGUUUUUGCUUUGCUGCUGGCUUUGAACCUUGUGCUAGGAAGAGACCUGGGAAAUUAAGUUUCUUGCAGAGUAUAGUGGGGAUUGCAGCUGCUGAGCAGGGAUUCUGGAAAGCAUUGUGCACCUGAGCCCCCAGCAUGGCGGGCCUAAAGCGGAGGGCAAGCCAGGUGUGGCCCGAAGAGCAUGGUGAGCAAGAGCAUGGGCUGUAUAGCCUGCAUCGCAUGUUUGACAUCGUGGGCACCCACCUGACACACAGAGACGUACGAGUUCUUUCCUUCCUCUUUGUUGAUGUCAUUGAUGACCACGAGCGUGGCCUCAUCCGAAAUGGACGUGACUUCUUAUUGGCGCUGGAGCGCCAGGGCCGCUGUGAUGAGAGUAACUUUCGCCAGGUGCUGCAACUGCUGCGCAUCAUCACUCGCCAUGACCUGCUGCCCUACGUCACCCUCAAGAGGAGACGGGCUGUGUGCCCUGAUCUUGUAGACAAAUAUCUGGAAGAGACAUCAAUUCGCUAUGUGACACCCAGAGCCCUCAGCGAUCCAGAACCGAGGCCUCCCCACCCCCCUAAAACAGUGCCUCCCCACUAUCCUGUGGUGUGCUGCCCCACUUCGGGCCCUCAGAUGUGUAGCAAGCGGCCAGCUCGAGGGAGAGCCACACUUGGGAGCCAGCGAAAACGCCGGAAGUCAGUGACACCAGAUCCCAAGGAAAAGCAGACAUGCGACAUCAGACUGCGGGUUCGGGCUGAAUACUGCCAGCAUGAGACUGCUCUGCAGGGCAACGUCUUCUCUAACAAGCAGGACCCACUUGAGCGCCAGUUUGAGCGCUUUAACCAGGCCAACACCAUCCUCAAGUCCCGGGACCUGGGUUCCAUCAUCUGUGACAUCAAGUUCUCUGAGCUCACCUACCUCGAUGCAUUCUGGCGCGACUAUAUCAAUGGCUCAUUACUAGAGGCACUUAAAGGUGUCUUCAUCACAGACUCCCUCAAGCAGGCUGUGGGCCACGAGGCCAUCAAGCUGCUGGUGAAUGUGGACGAGGAGGACUAUGAGCUGGGCCGACAGAAACUCCUGAGGAACUUGAUGCUGCAAGCAUUGCCCUGACCUUUUUCCCCUUCUCACUUCUCGGGGGACUUCUUACCACCCACCUCUGGAGCUUACAUACCGUUCUGGGGUUUGUCCUCUACCCUUCCAACCAAUCACACCCCUGCCUUUUUUUUUUUUUUAAAAGGAAAAGACAAAUGAAAAAUGGAAGUGGUGUUCCCCACCCCUCCCUGCACCCAUGUGCCUGGGCUUCCCUUUGUUUCCCUUUUCCACCUACACCCCUCAUGUGUGUCUCUACAGCCACCUUGCCAUUGAGCCAUAAGACAAAUGUAUAGGGAGAAGCAAAGUCUAUAGAACAUAGUCUUUGUAAGGGAUUGAAGUGAUCACUGCUUUUGGGUGCAUUGAGGGGUUAUCAGUACUUCUGGCUUUAUGAGGGCUCUUAAAUUUUGUCUGAGAAACCAAAGGGCUGUCAGUAGGGAGCUGUGUGGAAGGUGGGACUCUGAAGUGUAUUUUGGAAAUUAAUCACCACCCUCUCCCAAAUUAUAGAAUUUUUAAAAAACAAAGAAGCUGUGGCCCUUUCCACUCUCUUCUGGCCCUUGGUGCUGCUCCUCUCUGCCUCGUUUCCUCCAUUCCAUGGCUUGAAACCUCGGCCUGGUGUGGCUCCUUCCUUUUCCCUCUUUGUCAAACCCUCUUCAAAGGAGUAAUAGGUAAGCGGACUAGGUCAGCCUAGUCGCCCUCCCAGCUGUGUUGUGUGUGUACACACAUACACAGGGUGGAUGGAGAAGAGGUUGCUGAUUAAAAUACACUCCCCCUAAAAAGGGGAAGGGGGAGUGUGACACUUCCUUUCCAUGUUCAAGUGAAAAUAAAUAAUGUACCCUGCA